CCCAACCAACAUGGCUCUCAUCACUUCACUUCCCAAACUACUCUUUCUCGCAUGUUUCCUCUUCUCCUCUGCCACGUGGCGGGCAUUGGCCGCCCGCGACUUCUCCAUCGUGGGCUACUCGCCUGACGACCUGACCUCCAUCGACAAGCUCAUAAACCUCUUUGAGUCGUGGCUCGACAGGCACGGGAAGAGGUACGAGAGCAUCGAGGAGAAGUUGCAUAGGUUCGAGAUCUUUAAGGAUAAUUUGAAGCACGUCGACGAAAGGAAUAAGGCGGUCACCAACUAUUGGCUCAGCUUGAACGAGUUCUCGGACAUGACCCACGACGAGUUCAAGCAGAGGUUCCUAGGGCUCAGGGUCGAUGAUCGGUUGCCUAGGAGAAACGAGUUCCCUCGGGAGUUUGAACAUCAAGACUUCGAUAGCUUGCCUAAAUCCGUCGACUGGAGGAAGAAAGGAGCUGUCACUCGUGUCAAGAACCAAGGCUCGUGCGGCAGUUGCUGGGCGUUCUCGACAGUGGCUGCGGUGGAGGGCAUAAACCAGAUCGUGACGGGGAACCUGACCGAGCUGUCAGAGCAGGAGCUGAUUGACUGCGACACGGCUUACAACAGCGGCUGCAACGGAGGCCUCAUGGACUACGCGUUCACCUACAUCGUUUCCAGCGGCGGCCUUCAUAAGGAGGAAGAUUAUCCAUACAUAAUGGAAGAAGGAACCUGUGAACAAAGCAGGGCCAUGUCGGAAGCAGUCACCAUCAGUGGAUACCACGAUGUGCCUGCCAACGACGAGAAGAGCCUGUUGAAGGCACUGGCGAAUCAGCCGUUGAGCGUGGCCAUUGAGGCUUCGGGAAGAGAUUUCCAGUUCUACAGCGGGGGAGUGUUCGAUGGGCACUGUGGGACCGAGCUUGAUCACGGAGUGGCAGCCGUUGGAUAUGGGACGAGCAGGGGAGUGGACUACGUCAUCGUAAAGAACUCGUGGGGGCCGAAAUGGGGAGAGAAGGGAUACAUCAGAAUGAAGAGAAACACAGGAAAACCAGCUGGAAUUUGUGGCAUCAACAAAAUGGCCUCAUUCCCAACCAAAAGCAAGUGAAGUAGAUAGCAAUAUGUGACAAUUCUAUCCAAAAAUCCUACUCCUAUGUAUUUCAAUAAUAAGUUUCUUUUCUUUACAUUUCUACUAGUAUUAAAGAAAUGUAAUUUUGAUUAAGCUCAUUUAUAUGAAGAAACAUAUGUUCAUGAACA